UUAAAGUGAAAACCCACCAAAAUAGGUUAUUGCUUAUUUACAGGACUAAUGUGUAUCAUUAGUAGGUGCUACAGAAUUUGGGAAUGGUUGCCACGUGACAUACAUGAGCAUCUGGAGUGAUUCUGGACUGUAGAGCCUGUUUAAUUUUAUUCCUUCGAACCAAUUUAUCACAAACGAAUCCAUUUCCUUAUUGUUCACCAUUUUUUUCUUCUUUCUUCUCUCAUUCUACUGCCUCUUUUUCCUACUCAAAUCAAUCUCGAGCAACGGAUUCUGAUUUUUCAUAUGGAAAUUCGCCCAAACCACACUCCAAAUUUGGCUGAAUUUGUUUUAUACAAAGAGUACGAAAGGAACUUGGAUUAGUAAGGUAGAUCGUGCUUAUGACGGCGCGGUGUCGGAAAUCUGUAGUCUCAAGUUCCGUAAGUAAAGCAAGAGGACAGAAAGCAUUGUGAACAAUUUAGAAAAGCUGGUUGGUUAUGUGUUGAUUGUUGCCGAUGUAGUUGAGAGACCAUAUGUAGUCGAGUACGGAUAUAGACUUGAAGGAUUUUAAGAAAUGGGAAAUGACAGAAAGUUCAGUAGGACGCAAGUUCCUCUGGAAGCAGAUAAGUGGUGAUGGGCUUUCAUGAGUUAGUCGUUGCGCAAGUAAUUAAGGAGAAAAUUUUUGGGCUUUCAUUGAGGUAGGGGGCUUUCUUCAUUGUUAUAAUUGGGUUUUGGUUACACCAGUGGUUGAUUUGUUUGAAUACAACGAAAUACUAAUCGCAUGUGCACAUAGUUCUCCUACUGGAAUUAAAAUUGGUAUGCAAAAUCUUUAAAACUGAUCUAGUUUCCUUCCAUCAGUUCUGUGUUGAGAGCUUGGUGUUGUCUGUGACCUAUGUAUCCUAAUGUAAUAUGAAUUGUGACUUUGAAAUGUAGCUUUGUCUUCUACUUAUACCCACCAUUGAUUUUCAUAAUUUUAUCGGGUGUGUUGUUUCCUAGGUGUGCUAAUCCUUUUUACUAUAUCAAACCUAUGUUCCUUCAUAGUUUCCUACUUUGUUUACCACUUCACCAUUUUAACUUAACCACUGUGUUGAUUUAAGGCAAGCUACAUACAUGGAUAGUGUCUUCGUUCGCAUCUUAACCACCUCUCGUAGUUCUCCUCUCAUUCCCAACUACCUGUUUUCUUGUAAUAGGAAAGUGUAAAAAGAUGAUUUUAGUAGUCUGUAUGCGCUUGUUACUUUCCUAUUUCACCGUUGUCCUUCUUUUCACUAUUACCUUGUUUUAAAGGAAAAUAGACCUUGGUUUACAACUCUCAUUGUCUGACUAGACAAUGUCACCUCCACUUUUCAUAUAUAAUACCUUUAACUUGUUUAAUAAUUCUUAAUACUCUUUGCAUUUUGGAAACAAUACGCAUUAAAAGGGUUUAUAUAGAUCUCCGGUCUAGCUAAAUGGGACUUGCAUCAAUUCUUUGAUUUUUGCGUAGCUUUAUUUGUACUUGAAGUGCUAAUUCAUUGUGUGAACAUUUUUCACAUUGCUAACUCUGAACUUGUGGUUACUACUGUUGUGUAGUACAAUAAUGUUUUACAAUUACCAUAAAGUUUAUGCCAAAAUAAAUAGAACUCGCCAAUCGGCUUUGGAUUUAGAUUUUUAACGCUAUUGUACAACCAACCUUUUUUGUAUUCCAUAUUGGUUGCUAGCUUUGUACUGCCAUUGAGAGAAGUUUUUCUUAGUUACCAACUUUUUUAUUUUUAUUCUCUCAAACCAACAGAUAAAUUCCUUUCUUUCUUGUUCCGCCAUUUUUUUCUCUUCUUCUCUCAUUCUACUGCUUUUUUUUCCCCUACUCAAAUCAAUCUCGAGUAAUGGAUUCUGAUUUUUCAAAUGGAAAUUCGAGCUCAACCCACACUCUGAAGUUGGCUGAAUUUGUGUUCUACAAAGGUGUGCAGUAUUUUACUCAUACAUUUUGCCUCUUCUCAUAUCGUUCUUUUGAUACAAAGGGAGCAAUAUGAGAAACUCCAAUCUAUUUUGCCGCACCUGUUCACCUUUUCAUAUCCUUUUCUUUCGACAUAUCUCCGUAAUUCCAGUGUAACCGUCUACACGUGCUAGUUUUCUCUCCUUUUUACCGGCACGUUUGAGUUUGUCCGGUCAUCUUUUUCAUCUAUUUAUUAACCAAACUUGAAGAGAGAUAAUUUUUCCUUUUCUAUUUCGUUUCCCCUUCUCGUUUCUGUGAAUCCUCUGCAAAUCUUCAUCUUCUUCAAAUUUCUUUAUCUUCGUCUUUUGAGAUCACACACUUGAUCCUGCUGCUGCUGCUGCUGUUUCUAUGAAUUCUCAUCACAGCAAAAGUUCUUCCAUUGGCCAUACCAAAUUUACGAUUCCCAACCCUAAUUCUUCUUCAAAUUUGGAAGGCAAAGAGUCUCUGAAGAGGAAAUCAUCGCAUAAUAAAGGAGAUUCCUUGUGCGAGACAAUUGGUGGUAAGAAGUUGAAAAUUAAAAGAGUUCGCAAAGCCCCCACACUCAACAAGAGUCUCAUCAUUUAUGAAUUUGACCGUAAGAAAGUCGAGGUCUCUUCUCGCGUUAAUAUUGAUACUCCUGCACAAGGUUUGAUUGCCUCUGCCUCGUUGGAUAUACCUGCUUCUCUAAACGAAGUUUUCGCUGCUAACGAAGAUGUGUCAAUUGAUCAUGCGGUGAAGGAAGUUUCUGCUCCUCCAACUGUAACUGCACCACCAGUGAAUCAGACUGUCUCUACCUUUGUGAAUGUUCCAUUGUUUGCGAAUAUUCCCGCUUCUAUGGAGAACGUCAUCCCUGCGGAAAUUAUUUCUGCUAUAAAGAAUGUUAUUGCCCCUGUGUCUAUGAGUGUCUUUUCCUAUACUUCUGUUCAUUCUUCUUCUAAAUUUAUGGAGUCCAUCUCUGUUGAUAAGGGAGUCUUAGAGGGAGUUGAUCCUGCUUCUCAAGAUUUAUCGGAUAUUAUUAAUGCCGACGAUUAAUAAUAUCCGAACUUCGCAUUUGUGACGCUCUGAGUAAAUUAUUAUGCGGUUUUCGGCCAAACGAAAAUCAAGGAGCGAGAUCUUCUCUCGUAUUGACCCAAGUGUCCAUAUCGCUCUUGGUUUCUUGGAAUCUCACUGCCAGAUGAUCUUGGCUGAGGGAUAUUUUAAGUCUAACAAUCAUGCACUACAACUUGCUUUAGAGAAAGAGGUUAAUAAGCUGAAAGGGAAACUCCAAACUGUAACUCUAGAACGCGAAAAGCUUCGUAGCAAGAAUCAAGAGCUUAGAGAUUUAAACCAGAAGCGCGUUCUGGAGAGAUAUGAUUUUCAAUUUGCCGUUGAAGAUGCUCGCGCUGAUAAUGAGAAGUUGCUGACCCAAAUAAGCCAAUUACAUAACGAGCAUUCAUAUUCUCUUGACCAGAUUGAAAAUUUAACAAGUGAGAAUGUCCAUUUAACUCAGCAGUGUGAGACAUUGGGUUCCCAGAUUUAUCAUCUAUCUAAAUUGUUGUUUAGUGCUGAUUUAACACAUCAAACUUUGUCAGAAGAGAAUCAAAGUCUAUCCAUUGAGAAGCGGUCUUUCUUAAAGAAAGAAGCGAUGUUUUCGCAUCAGUAUCUCGUUCUCCAGAAAAUUUGUGAUAACCAAGAGCAAUCUCUUCGUACGUUAAGGAAUCAGUUUGAUGAAUCAACAAAGACAUGGACUACUCCAAAUGAAAAGGUCAUUCAAAGUAAGAUAAAUUUGACCGUGAAGAUGAACCAAUUUCAAGAACAAUACGCCCAGUUAAAAGAGUCUCACGAUUCCCUUAUGAAAGAGAAGGUUUCUCUCUCUUUGGAUGAGAAGAAAAUUCGAUCUCGUCUUAAAGGUUUAGUUGGUGAUGAUUUUGAUAAGGCUAUGGAAAAUAUGAAGAAUAGUGGUUCUGCGUUAGCUCAAUAUCUCAUUUCACAGAGGGAAGAGUCUGAGAAACUGCAUCAAUCUACCAUCUCUUGGUUGGGAUCCGAUCUGACUAAGGCUCGCAAAGAACGUGCGAAAUUCUCAACUGCUCUAAUUUCUUCUCGUGAUCGAUCAGAGAGGAGAUGUUCAUAUCUUCAAAGCUUCGUGGAAAUUGGUAUAAAAAAUGCUGAGAAGGCUGUCGCUCGUGACGCUCAUAUUAAGGCUCAAACUCUUGUGAACAACAUUCUUCUUGAGAAAUCGCUUCCUUUGGUGACUGUUCCACCUCUUGAUAUAAGCGAUGAUGAGCAACUUCCUGUUCCAGACAGUGAUUAUGAGUAUGUGAGCGAUGAGGAGGAAGAUCUUGAAGUUCCCCUUCAAGAAAAUCAACUUGAAAAGGAUGGAUCUGAUGAAGGUUUUUCCAAAGAUCCUAACAGCGAGAUGAAUGUUGAAGCUUCUGUGGUUGAUCAAGAUGCGUCUUCCAAUGAUGCUUAGCUUUUUCUUUUAUGUCUUUACAAGUGUAUUUAGGUGUGCUUGACACAUAUCCCCUUUUUUAUCGUUCAUUUCUUGAUAAGAAAGAUAAUAUAUUAUUUAUG